AUGGCCCCCGAGGCACCAGAUCCUCAGAGCCUGAAGUCAUGGCACGACGCAUUUCAGUAUCCGAUUCCCACGGUCCGCCGUGUGGAGCAGGAGUUGCGCCGGGACAUCGCGAGCAAUAAGGAGAAGCUCCGAGCUCUCGUGGGGAUGAGAUACCGCGAUUUGGUCGGGACUGCCGAGACGAUUGUGGCUAUGAACCGCGAUAUCCAGGAUGUGGAAACCGUUCUGGCCGAUGUUGGGCGCCGAUGCAACCCUCGGCUGGUGGAAAGGAAGCAUGUUCAUGGGAGACAGAUCAAGAGUGGGGAUGCAGAGAAGGAUGCGGAUAAACAUGCCUUUGGCGCUCAGCUUGCGCUCCUGCACAAGUGUACCACAUCGAUCACCAGACUCUUGCGACGCCGCGCAUCUCCUCUGCUGAUCUCCAAGAUUUUUGUCGUCUCCCGACUAUUGCACAAGACAUUGUCUCAGCACGAAUCGGUCCCUCCAUUCCUGGACGAUCUGCGCAAUCAAUUGGCAUCCUUGCGGCGAACCCUUCUCAAACGAAUUGACAAGCGCCUUGCUUCCACCAGCGUAACAGAAGAUAAUAUCAUUGAGUCGCUGGCCGCAUAUUGUCUCGCAACAAGCUCGUCUUCUGAUGAUGCUAUUCACCAUUUCCAUCAAGUGCGCCUGGAUGUCAUUGUAAGCCAGUUGGAUUUGUCUCGCGAGAAUAUCCCCAAGGCACUUCAGCUCUUUGUCCAAACACUGCAGGCUUCGAAGGUCUUGCGACACCGUCAGUUCUCAGACGUGCUUUCGAAAAUCAAGGCUCGACCGAUUCUUGCAGACCCAGAGAUCCGCAGCCUAGAUGGAUUAGAAGUCGAAGUUCUAGGUCGAUGGGUGGCUCCAGAUGUCAAGAACUUCACGCCUUGGAUCAAGUUGAGUGAGCUCAAUAGGGCUGAUGGAGUUGAUUCGAUCAAAGAGUGGUCACGUCAGGCGUUCGAGAAAUUCGCUGAAGGCUGCCAAAAGGGCAUGGCUCACAGUAAUGAUUUCUCUGAGCUUCUUGCUUUGCGCCGGGAAACAGUUGAAUUAUGGCUCUCGUCUUGGGGCUCAACCAUCAUCCAUGGAUCACUUGAUGUGUUGGAGAGACUGCGCAAGAUCUUCAAUGACCAGCUGGCACGAAUCCUGAAGGUCCAAGCCCUGAGUCUGGAAGAGGUCGGAGGAAGGGCUUGCUCUGUUGUUUUAGACUGGGAUAAGAAAGAGCAUGAAUCUGUUGGGUCUCUGUGGGAUGGGGAUCUCAUUGUCGCAGAUUAUUCCAAUGGUGCACAGACAUUCAAACAAACCAUGGCAGACAGACUGCUUGGUCGUGAUGAAGACGUAUCAGCCGUUCUAGUUACGUACAAAGCGUGGCUCACAUCGAUCCGAGAAGUGAACGAGUCUAUCGACUCUCUGCGUCGCAUGCGGUGGACCGAUAUUCUCGUUGGCGGAGAAGUGGAGGAUGAAGAUAUUGACAUUACGCCUCGCCUCAAUGAAGAUGACCCACGUCUUCUGUCUGAAUCUCUGCAUUCCGCAGUUCGAGAGUCAUUUAGCAACCUGCAAACGUCAUUUAGUAGCGCUUUCAAAUCAUUCGGCUCAUCGCAUUCCAGCGAAAAGGCUACUUUCCUGUUGAGGCUCAUUCGGUUGGUACGGCGUGAUAUCCCGACCAGCUUUGUGGCAGGGGACUUUGUUUUCUCAAGUGAUAUUGUUCCAGAGUUGCAGAAAUUGCUUGCCUCAGAAGCCGUGGCCAAGGCCGGUUCUUUGAAGAUAAUACCAUCUUCGAAGACACAUCCACAAGCAGGAAAAGCCAGGAUUGUACCUGGUCGGUCAUUAUGGGAAGGCAACCCUGCCUUACCGGUCCAACCCUCUGCGUUGACUUUCAAGUUCCUGCGCCGGCUCACGUCAACGAUGGACUCCUGCGGAUCAGAUCUCUGGGAUCCCUCAACGGUGCAGGUAUUGAAACAGGCUCUCAAGAAAGAACUAGAGACUGCUAUUACAUCUUCUCUCGAUGAUCUCGAAAGCCCGGACUCUCCAAGCAAAUCCGAAUCUAACAAUGAAGAGCCUAUCACAAAUGGUGACAACGAUGACGAGGUCCAAGAGAAAAAAUCCAAUGGUAACAACAAUACCGAAGAACAAAUUGAAGUUACGCGGGAUUGGAAGAUCCAGCUCUUCUUUGAUUCUCUAUAUCUGUCUAAGAUUCUCGGUGAGCAACAUCAGCUGGCUGAUGUUGUUUCUCGCGCUCAAAAGAGUGCUGAAACUAGUGCGGAUGCUGUGAAGACCAUUACACAGUCAGCAGACGAGUACUGGACUCGGACAGAGCUACUUUUUGGCUUGUUAGCGGAGCAUUGA